AUGGGAAAGAAAAAGGCCGGCUCCGGCAAGGCUGCCGCCAAGGCCGCCAAAAAGGAAAAGGCCGAGAAGCUCGCAAACAAGAAGGCCACAAAGCAGGCCAAAAAGGAGAAUGCCCUCGUCGGAGGCGGCGGUGGCGGAAAGGGAGGCAACACCGGCGGCAAGAAAAAGGGUGGCGCCAAGCCCCAGGCCGACGACGACGAAGAGGACCUCGACCUGCUCCUCGCCAGGUACCGCGCAAAGUGGGAAGAGGAGCACGCCGUCAACGAGGAAAAGAUCGGAGGCCCCCCCUCCCGCCGUGCCAACGCCACCCUCACCCCCUGUCCGCUCGGAAACGAUCUCUACCUCUUUGGCGGCGAGUACUUUGACGGUGAGCGCGUCUCCUUCUACCAGGACAUGUACCGCUAUAUCCCGGAGCGCAACGAGUGGCGCAGCUACGCCUCGCAGAACCAGCCCGGCCCGCGCUCCGCCCACCAGGUGGCCGCCACCCCAUCGCAGGGCGGCAUGCUCUGGCUCUUUGGCGGCGAGUUUUCGGGCGCCCGCCAGAACGCCUUCCACCACUACCGCGACCUGUGGGCCUUUAGCAUCGAGACCAAGGCCUGGGAGCGCAUCGACACAAAGGUGCGCCCCUCGGCCCGCAGCGGCCACCGCAUGACGUUCUGGAAGCACUUCCUCGUCCUCUUUGGCGGCUUCAUCGACACGGGCGUAAAGACCCAGUACCUCAACGACCUCUGGGUCUUUGACACGCAAAACACCUUCAAGUGGACCGAGAUCAAGCAAAACGACCUCCGCCGCCCCACGCCCCGCAGCGGCUUCUCGCUCCUCUCGACGGCGGACGGCAUCGUCCUCCACGGCGGCUACUGCAAAAAGUACGUCAAGGGACAGCGCACCCAGGGCGUCGCCCUCGAGGAUACCUGGUUCCUCAAGAUGGACGAGGACCUCAAGAACCUCGACUGGGUCAAGCGGCGCAAGGUCGGCUACGUCCCCUCGGCGCGCUCCGGCUGCACCAUGGCGCUGUGGCAGGCCAAGAGCAUGGGCGUGCUGUUUGGAGGCGUCACCGACACCGAGGCCGACGAGGAGUCGAUGGAGAGCACCUUCCACAAGGACCUGUUUGGCUACCAGCUGCCCGGGACAGGGCGGUGGAUCAGCCUCAAUCUCAAGCGGCCAAAGAAGAUGGGCGGCGGAAACCGGAGAAAGAAGCAGAAGCAACAGCAGGAGCAGAGGCAGAGGCAGGCGGAGGAGGAGGCACGGAGACGGCAGCAGGAGGAGGAAGACGAGGACGACGAGGAUCAGGGUUCCGACGACGAGGAUCGGGGCGAGGACGAAUGCGCCAAAUCCGACGGGGAUGACGACAACGAGCGAGGUGGCGAGUCGGCGCGGACCAAGGGGUCCAAUGGCGUCAAGACCGAGAACGCAGCGACGGAAACGGGGCAGCCCGCCGCCGCAACACCAGCCCCUGAGCCAGCGCCAGAAGAAGAAGACGACGACGACGACGACCCCGACGAUCCGGAAAAGACGCGGCCCAUGGAGCGAUACAACACGAUGCUGGCAGUGCAGCGCAACGUCCUGUACCUGUACGGCGGCAUCUUUGAGCAGGCCAACCGCGAGUUCACCCUCGAUGACUUCUACACGCUCGACCUGGCCAAGCUCGAAAAGUUCAACUGCCUCAAGGAGUGCCCGAUUGACAAUCUCGAGUGGAAUGAGUCGGAGGACGAGGACGAUUCCGACGAUGAGGAUGAUGACGACGACGACGAGUCGGAUAGUGGCAGCAGCAGCGGCGAGGAGGGUGACGAGAUCCCCGAAGGGUACGAGUACGGCGACUACGACGAGGAGGACGAAGAGGCCAAGCGUGCAAAGAUGUCGCAGGCCGAAAAGGACGAGCUGCGGGCCAAGGCCAAGCUGUUUAUGGGCGUGGCCCAGGACAGCCAUCGAUCCGAAGUCGAGCAGCUCUCGACACCCAUGCCCGGCGAGAAGCUGCGCGCCUUUUACGAACGCACAAAGGCGCACUGGGCCAACGUCGCCUUCACCGAGAGCGAGGGCAAGCUGAGGGGCAAGGAGACGAGGAAAGCCGGUUUCGCCCUGGCGGAACAAAAGUACUCGGAGUACAAGCCCAUCUUGGAAGAGAUCGAGCGCAUCCAAGCCGAGGCAGGGCUCGACGAGGCCGAAAAGAGCGUCAACAAGUCCGGUGGUAUCGGCGCAGGCGCCGUCGGUGUCGACUCGAGGAAUAGAAGAUGA